GACUAAUAUUUACUCAACUCAAGUCACAAAGCUGGGUAUUUUGAUUGUGUAACAAAUUUUCGUAAAUAAAUCAAAGGCACCACCAUGAAGAGAUUCCCACUAAAGACGAACAUGGCUCGGGCUAUUUUCCGAAAAUAUAGUGAAGGAAACCAGGGCUCUCCCAGCUCCACAAAUGUUCCACCUGCCUCUUCCCAACCUUCUGUACCGAACGUGCCAGGGUUGAGCAGCGCUUGCAUAGCUCCUGCGUCACAGCCUGUGGGCCCUGGAGUGGAGCCCAACAAGUCUGGCGCCUACAAAGUGCCAGAGUACUUCCAGUACAACAACAUGAGCUACUUCGAAGCGGAGAUCGAAAUGCUGAAAUACAGAUGCCCACAGCCGUCUGCGCUCAAGAAGUGAAUGUUUAAAAGACCUGCGACUUAGGUGUUUAUAUUAAAAAUAUUAGUUAAUUAAAUUAUCAAUUGUUAAUA